ACUCUCAUCCUUCACUAAACAUCUGAGUCCUCCCCCUGUGCUGAUUGCCAGCCAUGGAAGCCAGCGCCGGCCUUGUUGCCGGGUCUCACAACCGCAAUGAGCUUGUUGUCAUUCAUGGCCAUGAGGAGCCCAAGCCGUUGAAGAACUUGGAUGGUCAAGUGUGUGAGAUCUGUGGUGAUGAAGUGGGGCUUACUGUGGAUGGUGAUCUGUUUGUUGCCUGUAAUGAAUGUGGUUUUCCAGUCUGCAGACCUUGCUAUGAGUAUGAAAGAAGAGAAGGAAGCCAACUGUGUCCUCAGUGUAAAACUAGAUAUAAGCGACUCAAAGGGAGUCCGAGGGUGGAGGGAGAUGACGAUGAAGAGGACAUAGAUGACAUCGAACAUGAGUUCAACAUUGAUGAUGAGAGGAACAAUCACAAUCAUAUGGCAGAAGCUAUGCUUCAUGGCAAGAUGAGCUAUGGUAGAGGUCCAGAUGAUGAUGAAAAUUCACAGUUUCCACCUGUUAUUGCCGGAAGAACACAGCCAGCAAAUGGUGAGCUUCCUUUAUCAUCUCAAGGUUAUGGAGAUCAGAUGUUAUCUUCUUCACUGCACAAACGUGUGCAUCCUUAUCCAGUUUCUGAACCAGGGAGUGCAAGAUGGGAUGAAAAGAGAGAGGAAGGUUGGAAAGAUAGAAUGGAUGAUUGGAAAUUGCAGCAAGGCAAUCUUGGGCCUGAACCUGAUGAUGCCAAUGACCCUGACAUGGCAAUGAUUGAUGCAGCUAGACAGCCACUGUCAAGGAAGGUACCAAUAGCAUCCAGCAAAAUUAAUCCUUACCGGAUGGUUAUUGUGGCUCGGCUCGUUAUUCUUGCCUUCUUCCUUCGAUAUCGGAUACUAAAUCCAGUGCAUGAUGCAUUGGGUUUGUGGCUAACUUCUGUGAUAUGUGAGAUCUGGUUUGCAUUUUCAUGGAUCCUCGAUCAGUUUCCCAAAUGGUUCCCUAUCGAUCGUGAAACCUACUUGGAUCGCCUAUCCCUUAGGUAUGAACCAGAGGGUGAACCUAAUUUGCUUGCUCCAGUGGACAUCUUUGUCAGUACUGUGGAUCCAAUGAAGGAACCUCCUCUUGUAACAGCCAACACAAUCUUAUCUAUCUUGGCCAUGGACUACCCAGUUGAUAAGAUUUCAUGCUACGUUUCAGAUGAUGGAGCUUCCAUGCUUACCUUUGAAGCAAUGUCUGAAACUGCAGAAUUUGCCAGGAAAUGGGUACCCUUCUGUAAGAAGUUUUCCAUAGAACCACGAGCACCUGAAAUGUACUUCUGUGAGAAGAUUGAUUAUCUAAAGGACAAAGUCCAACCAACCUUUGUAAAAGAACGUCGAGCAAUGAAGAGAGAAUAUGAAGAAUUCAAGGUCAGGAUAAAUGCUCAAGUAGCAAAAGCAGUGAAAGUUCCCACAGAAGGAUGGAUAAUGCAAGAUGGAACACCAUGGCCAGGAAACAAUACAAAGGAUCAUCCCGGUAUGAUCCAAGUCUUUCUGGGUCAUAGUGGAGGACUUGAUGCUGAAGGAAAUGAACUCCCCCGCCUAGUUUAUGUAUCUCGUGAGAAAAGACCAGGUUUCCAACAUCACAAGAAAGCUGGUGCCAUGAAUGCCUUGAUUCGUGUCUCGGCCGUGCUUACAAAUGCUCCAUUCAUGUUGAACUUGGAUUGUGAUCACUACAUAAACAAUAGCAAAGCAGCACGAGAGGCCAUGUGCUUCCUUAUGGACCCUCAAGUUGGAAAGAAAGUCUGUUAUGUUCAAUUUCCACAAAGAUUUGAUGGUAUAGAUAGGCACGAUCGUUAUGCCAACAGGAACACAGUCUUCUUUGAUAUUAACAUGAGAGGUUUAGAUGGAAUUCAGGGCCCUGUGUAUGUCGGCACAGGUUGUGUUUUCAGGAGGCAGGCUUUAUAUGGUUAUGACCCUCCGAAAGGUCCCAAACGCCCAAAAAUGGUAAGCUGCGACUGUUGUCCAUGCUUUGGACGUCGCAAGAAGCUUAAAAGUGGAGUAGAUGGAGAUGCUGCAGGGAUGGACGGCGACAAAGAGCUAUUAAUGUCUCAAAUGAAUUUUGAAAAGAAAUUUGGACAGUCGUCAAUUUUUGUUACCUCAACUUUGAUGGAAGAAGGUGGUGUUCCUCCCUCCUCAAGUCCAGCAGCCCUGCUUAAGGAAGCAAUUCACGUUAUCAGUUGUGGUUAUGAAGACAAAACUGAAUGGGGUACCGAGUUGGGCUGGAUUUAUGGAUCCAUCACAGAGGAUAUUCUAACAGGUUUCAAGAUGCAUUGCCGUGGCUGGAGAUCCAUAUACUGCAUGCCAAAGAGACCUGCAUUUAAGGGUACAGCUCCCAUCAACUUGUCUGAUCGGCUAAACCAGGUGCUUCGGUGGGCUCUCGGAUCUAUUGAAAUUUUUUUCAGUAACCACUGCCCUGUUUGGUAUGGUUAUAAGGGUGGAAAGCUAAAGUGGCUCGAGAGAUUUGCAUAUGUUAACACAACUGUCUACCCCUUCACUUCAAUACCACUUCUCGCCUACUGUACCCUCCCUGCAAUCUGCCUGCUCACGGAUAAGUUUAUCAUGCCCCCGAUAAGCACUUUUGCAAGUCUCUUCUUCAUUGCCUUGUUUCUUUCCAUUUUUGCUACGGGUAUUCUUGAGCUUAAAUGGAGUGGAGUUAGCAUUGAGGAAUGGUGGAGAAAUGAGCAGUUUUGGGUGAUUGGUGGUAUUUCAGCUCAUCUAUUUGCUGUUGUACAAGGUCUGUUGAAGGUUUUGGCUGGAAUUGAUACUAGCUUCACGGUUACAUCCAAAGCAACAGAUGAUGAGGACUUUGGAGAAUUAUAUGCCUUCAAAUGGACCACUCUGUUAAUCCCUCCAACAACUAUUUUGAUCAUCAACCUUGUUGGGGUCGUUGCAGGCAUCUCAGAUGCCAUAAACAAUGGCUAUCAAUCAUGGGGACCUCUGUUUGGUAAGCUUUUCUUCGCCUUCUGGGUGAUUGUCCAUCUCUAUCCAUUCCUUAAAGGUCUGAUGGGCAGACAAAACCGCACACCAACUAUUGUUGUCAUAUGGUCCGUGCUGUUAGCUUCGAUCUUCUCCUUGCUUUGGGUCCGAAUUGAUCCAUUUGUGAUGAAAACAAAGGGGCCUGACACUAAGAAAUGUGGACUAAAUUGCUGAAAGGCUUGCCUCUCUUUCUUGUUAUUUGAUGUGUGCAUCACCAGAAGAUUCAUGUGCAUAGCCAGGAGGUUCAUAUGCGUUCUGGACAUUGCAUACAGAUUAUGUGGACUAGAAGAAUGGGAAGCACCAGAAUGAAUAAAAGCAAGAGUGAAAUUUUUUGUGUAGUGUGAUUACGACAUGCCUAGUUUUGAGAACAAUGAAGAAAAUAUGUUUAUUUCAGUUUAUGUACACAGAACAGAGGUUUCAUCUAGACAAUUACAAUGGUGUACCUUCAA